UUUUGGCGCUUCAGUAAUGGUGGACAGAAACACUGCUUAGCCAACUUGCAAACGUAACGUUUAUCAGGAGAAAAGCUUCAAUAAACUUUUAAGAUGCCGUCAAUAGAAGAUACUUUAUUUCAGUUGAAGUUCACGGCCAAACAGUUGGAAAAGUCUUCCAAAAAGUGCGAGAAGGAAGAAAAGGCACAACAAGCAAAAGUGAAAAAGGCUUUACAACAGAAGAACAUUGAAGGAGCAAAGAUUUAUGCAGAAAAUGCAAUCAGGAAGAAGAAUGAAGGAUUGAACUAUCUGAGGCUUGCAUCUCGGGUGGAUGCUGUCUCAUCAAAAGUUCAAACUGCCAUGAUGAUGAAACAGGUUACAAAGAACAUGGAUGGUGUUGUGAAAGGUCUGGAUAAAGCUAUGCAGUCAAUGGAUCUUGAAAAGAUUUCAGCCACCAUGCAAAAAUUUGAAGGCAUGUUUGAAGAUCUGGAUGUCAACACUCAGGUGCUGGAAAGUGCUAUGGGAGAAGCCACAACAUUGUCCACUCCUCAAGACCAGGUUGAGGCAUUGAUUCAGCAAGUUGCAGAAGAAAAUGGCCUAGAAAUUAUGAGUCAGCUGGAAGCUGUACAACCUGGUACGUCCUCCCUCAAAAAUCAAGAAGCACAACGAUCUCAAGGAGAGGAAGACCAACUUAGCAAAAGACUUGCUUCUUUAAGAAGUUGAUUGACGUCUAAGGGAAAGACACAAUUCUCCAAAUUUAAAAACCACAGACAGGGUCUACACCUUUCUUCAAUGCUUCACAGGAUCAAGGAACAGUAAAUGAUGUUUUUUAGCAAUAAGUGAUAGAGCGGUUUUCAGUUCAGUGUAAUCACUCAAAGUUAUCGCUAUAGCCAAUCACAAAAGACACAGACACAACAGUGAACCAAUCAAAACUAGAAGUAACGUAGCUGUCGCAAAGCACAGGAAAACGUUUGGAGUGAGUCAUGAUUGGCUUUGGUUUUUACUUCUGAUUGGAUGAAAAAGUGGGGCGAGUUUUUUAAGCCAAUUGUAUAGCAUGGUAAGUGCAAAACCAAUUACUUUUCGACACUCUAAUGAAAACCACUGUAUGUCCAUUGUAAUAAAUCCAUAGUUUUCUAAGCUAAUUGUGUCACAGAACAUCUGUUUAAGAAAUUAGAGCAGUUUUUCAAUUAGCUGUUGGAAUGUAAUUGUGCCUUUACUCUCGCUUUUCAUUGUCUAACUUGAGCAGUUAAUGUAGAAGCUCUGUUAAGUCCCUGAGUGAGAUAUUUUCGUCACGACUUUUUGAGGUUCGAGGUCGGUAAGUAGAGAGUGGAUCAUUGGCUUACAUCUUGUUAUACAUGUAAAUCAGCUAUGGUUAAUAGAAAAGAAAGGAAGUGAACGAAGCAGACAUUACAUAUUAUAAGUGUUGUUUUAUUGCACAUUUCCACAAGACUUAAAACGUGUUUUAUUAAACUAACUUAAAACGCGUAAAAUUACCUCAAGAUAAUUGUUCUUGAUUAUAAAUUGUGGCAGAUUACCAUUUAGAUAGCUAGAGGGGAGGGCCUCUAAGCAAGUGGGGGGGAGUAUUAUAGCAAAAACAGAAAAUUAUUUACAUUUGCGUUAGACAAUUUGUGGUAGUUUCUUUAAGAGAAAGAUACCAUGCAACUUGCUCUAACGAAGCCAAACAAACAUGGUGUUUUUGUGUCAUCCGCGAAUGGUUGUAGCAAAACGAAAACAUCAAUGGUUACCAGGCCUAAUUUUUCUUUGCAUUGUGAUUGGUUCGUUUUGCGCUGCUCUCACCGGUCGCCAUGGAAACGAGCGGUAAAUGACUUCUGUUGAAGGGUCGGUUUGUUCACUGCGUUAUUUGCGUUUCCUGUGAUUGGCCAGUGUGAUUACUUUAGUUGAAAGUCUUACUACAAUCGAUAGAAAACCGCUGUUACAUAUAAGGGACGGACCAUUAUUUUUUGAGGAGGAGGAAUUGGGCAAUUUCUGAAAAAUAAUUCCUACACAGCAAAAACUGCUGAAAAAAAAAAUCGUUCAAGGAGAGCCAUGGGCAAAAAAUCAAGCAAGCGCUUUCCACUUUUGAUGUUAAAAAAAUUCUGGCACAAGCUAUUGCCCAACCAAAAAAAAAAAA